AGAUUCAUGGGCAGUGGGGGAAAAAAUUAUGUGGCCACCUGUUUUUUUCAAGAUUUCUUUGUCCAUUGGGUUAGGGUUUACAUUCUUGUCUCAUUGUUCCCUUUGGAGACACAGUGUACUAGAGAAUGUCCUGCCAACUCCAGGCCUGUCUGUGGAAAACGUGUCUUCUUCCUUUAAGCUAAAUUCUUGUCUGAAGUCCAGUGAUGCUCAAGGAAGUUAACUGCUGACAUUUUGUUACCUCAUUUUGUUAUUGCACCUCUUUUAUCUCAUGCCUCUGCCCUUCAGCUCUAGCAGCCAAUUUAUAAAGAGAGAUAAGAAUGGGGCAACCACACAUACCUUUCUGCAGAGAAUUUAAAGGAGCUCUCCUGGACUUGUUAAAUAACGUAUGAGACCACACAACAGGGAGACAUUCUGCACAUUCAUUCUACAGUGCAACUGCACUCAAACCCAGAGCUUUCUGCAGGGGAAAUAGUGGUGUCAGCUGUUAACCAAGGGAAACAAGCAGGCUCCUAAGCAGAGAGAGCACAGUGGGUACUCCAACUGUGAACUGUGACAGUAAGGCCUGACAGUUAAUAUAUCAAUCUUAAAAUCUAGCACAGUUGUGUCUGUAUGGAUCUGAACUUUCCCUUAGGUAAAAUGUUUACUGCUGCAUCAAAAAGUCUCCUUAGGUUAGCCCACUUGAGCCCCACUGAGCUGCUGUUGCAACAGGAUGGCUGGAAGUCCCUCGAGAAGUGUCUGUGAGAACAAGCAAAGGCAGGACAAACCAUUCAGGCCUUCCUUACAGUGGCAUGUGUGUGUGCUGUCUUAAAGCAUUAUCAGCAGGGACACUGGUGUAUGCAGUUUGCUUUGCAACAGAGUUAAAAGCAAUGCUUCAUGUUUUCCAUUCCAUCAACUCUGGGAUCCAUCUUGUCAUCCCAGCACUCGUGGGAAUUCCACUUAGCAGUUCCUGCAGCUGUUCUGUUAACACAGCUGACUGUUCCUUGUGCCCAGACACAGACCCGACCUUGUGCUUCAAUGUACAGGAGGGAUGAUGAGGCUCCUUCUCCUUCGAGCUCUGUCCAGCACAAGAGCAGAACAAAAGUGUCACCCUUAAGCCAACUGUAACACUUCAAGCGCACAGAACAUUUCAGUCUUGGAGGCAGUUUCUCAGCCUGAUUGUUAUGAAGAGCAAAUAGUCCUGUGGAGACCUGAGUAGGCACCACAUACUUUCUAAAAAAUUGUGUAAACAAGAGUUUUGAACUUUCAGUAAGGAUAAGGACAGGCUUACUGUAAUGAUUUCUGUGUUGUAAGUGGAGUGGUGGGGGGGAAUUCCCAGCCAUGGGUAUCCUUUCCAAUUUCCUCUUUUGAGGGGUUUGAAUUGCUUAUAAAUACCCUCUCAGAGAGCACAUAAGACAAGCUCCAUCUCCUUUGGCUUUGCCUCUCUGCAGUGCUUUGUGUCAGGCUUGGGCCAGGAACGGGAACCAUGAGGCUCUGUGUCUGCCUUGUGUUGCUCUCCCUUCUGUGUGCAAGUGUUGACAUGUCACCACUACGUGAAGGUGGAAAAUUUGUCUUGGAUGCACUGGGAGGGGCACGGGAUAUGUACAGAGCAUAUCAGGACAUGCGUGAAGCAAAUUAUAAAGGUGCUGACAAAUAUUUCCAUGCUCGUGGGAAUUAUGAUGCUGCCCAAAGAGGACCUGGCGGUGCUUGGGCAGCUAAAGUGAUCAGUGACGCCCGGGAAAAGUGGCAAAGCGACGUGAGUGGCAGAGGUGCAGAGGACACCCGGGCUGACCAGGAGGCGAAUGCGUGGGGCAGAAACGGCGGGGAUCCCAACCGCUACAGACCUGCGGGCCUUCCCAGCAAAUACUAACGCUGCCCCCGCGGGGGGCAGCUCUGCUCCCCUCUUACACCUCUUCUGUGUAGCCGAAUAAAGACAUUUUCCUGAAAACUGCUCCGUGUCGCUGCUGGCUC